GGGGAUCGCUGUAUUGUGGGUAGCGGUUAGCAGAGAUACCAGCGACCCAGUCUGCUCUCUUCAGGCGCUUGCAUUGUCUUCGCAUCCUCUUGGGGGUGGGAGGCGGUGACUCUUGGAGGGAGAGAUUCCAAGAGAGACCCAGGAUGAGGGUUUGUGGCAGGGAACCUUUGGCAUUAGGGUGCAGCACCUUUUGGAGCAAAGAAAUAAUCAACAUCGAAUUUCUGCAUGUCAGUCUAAAGCUGAGACUGUCCGCGGCCUGCAUAUAGGUCUGCCCCCAGUCCUGCGCUUACAAAGGGGUGUGGUUUUUGCUGGAGAAAAAUGGCGGACCACCGCAAGAAGGAGUGCCAGGAUGUAGCCGUAUAGCACGGGGCAUUGUCAGCGGAGUCCAGAGACCCGGAGGCAGGGUGAGAAACAAAAGCAUGAAAUUCGUCUGACCAACCAGGUCCCCGGAUUUGGGAAAGGUAGUAUUUAGAUGGUAUAAAAGUUUUGUGUUCUGUGUCUCUGUUUAGGCGCCUGUAUCUGUGGAUCUCGCUCCCAAAGAGCAGUCUAAACCGAGAAGCAGGGAAGGGAGGAAAAAAAUUCCAGAAUCAGGCACUGCUGUCUAUUUCUUUACAAGGAAGAGUGUAUAGUGCCACCUUUGGAAGAAGUGACAGACAAGAUAGUGAGGCCAGGGGGACAGAACGGGACAGGGGACUGAUCAUCCAAGGAGGAAGGUAAUAGAAGAUCCGCAAGAGGCUGCAAAGGAAGAAGGAACUACUUGGAUCUCUGAGGGUGUAUGUGAGGGUGUCUCUGGGACCCUGACUCAGGACAUCUGCAAGGGUAUCACUGUAUCUGCUGUUGUAGCUGCCCCUAACCCACAGAAUCUGAAUACUUUGCCCCUGACCCAAGAAUAUUCUGGACCAGAACAAGCCAGCUCUGUGUCCAGGUUAAGGGAUUCACGCCAGCUGUACCAUGGGCCGCACCCGAGAAGCUGGAUGUGUGGCUGCAGGCAUGGUCAUUGGGGCUGGUGCCUGCUACUGUGUAUACAGACUGACCUGGGGAAAAGAUGAGAAUGAGAAGUUGUGGGAUGAUGAAGAUGAGCAAGAGGAGGAGGGAGAGCAGGAAAAGUCUUGUAGUGGCAAACCAGAAAUUGGGGGCAAAACUGAGAAAGAACUUAAGACUAAUGCUGGGGUAGGGGCGGGAGCCAAACCUCAAGAUGACUCAAAGUCCAAGGUUGGGGUGAAUGUGGGGCCUGAGAAUGGUCCAGGUGUAAAGAAGGAAGUGCACCCAGAUUCCCAGAGUGGGGGUGGCCUAGAGGCUAAGGCCAAGGCCCUUUUCAAGAUCCUAAAGGAACAGGCAAGUGCAAAGGCAGGCAGAGGCAUAAGGCUUUCUAACAUUUCUAGGAAUAGGACCCUGACAUCAAGUUUGCCCUGCCCAGGAGGCAGAGGUGGAGGCUGCCACCCAGGAAGGACUGGCUCUAGGGCUAGGAACAGGACAAGUGGGAAAGUCAAGAGAAAGAACCGAAGCAAGAGCAACAAGGCUCCAGCCACAUGGCCUGUACGCAAGGGCAAGUUCAACUUUCCCUAUAAAAUUGAUGAUAUUCUGAGUGCCCCCGAUCUUCAAAAGGUCCUUAACAUCCUGGAGAGAACAAACGACCCUUUUACUCAGGAAGUAGCAUUGGUCACACUGGGUAACAAUGCAGCGUAUUCAUUUAAUCAAAAUGCCAUCCGUGAAUUGGGCGGAGUCCCAAUUAUUGCAAAACUGAUAAAAACAAGAGACCCCAUUAUUAGGGAAAAAACUUACAAUGCUCUUAAUAACUUGAGUGUUAAUUCUGAAAAUCAGGGCAAGAUUAAGACUUAUAUCAGUCAAGUGUGUGAUGAUACCAUGGUUUGUCGCUUGGACUCAGCGGUCCAGAUGGCUGGAUUAAGACUCCUAACCAACAUGACUGUGACUAACCACUACCAACAUUUGCUUUCCUAUUCUUUCCCAGAUUUCUUUGCUCUGUUAUUCCUGGGAAAUCACUUCACCAAGAUACAGACUAUGAAACUCAUUAUAAACUUUACUGAAAACCCAGCCAUGACAAGAGAGCUGGUCAGUUGUAAAGUGCCAUCAGAAUUGAUUUCUCUUUUUAAUAAAGAGUGGGAUAGAGAGAUUCUUCUUAACAUUCUUACCCUCUUUGAAAAUAUAAAUGAUAACAUAAAAAGUGAAGGGCUUGCAUCAUCCAGGAAAGAAUUCAGCAGAAGCUCACUAUUUUUCUUAUUUAAAGAGUCUGGAGUAUGUGUGAAGAAAAUCAAAGCAUUAGCAAGUCACAAGGAUCUGGUGGUCAAAGUGAAAGUUCUAAAAGUCUUAACCAAAUUGUAAUUGGAGAUCUGUUCCAAACAACACUGAUGUGAUGUUUCUUAAGUUUGCACGUGGGAACAAUGCAUUUUGUAAAUUCUUCAGUUUUCAGUGCGCUUGUGUAGCAAAGGGAUCCUUUAAGCUGCUAUUUAGGAAUAAAGAAUAUCACAGAUUAUCAAUAGCCAUUGAUGCUGGCUUUAGACUGAGCCACUUUAAGUAUGCCAAAUAUAUAUUAGAGCUUGCACAGAGAAAGCACUUAUUCAUUCAACUUGCUACCUAGGUUGAGAUAUUUUUAUUGUUUAACUAAACUGACAGUGAAGUAACUAUAUGUCAUAAAUAAGCUAUACUUUUAUAUUGAUUUAAAUUUGGUCAUCUAAGAGUUGUGCUUUAUCAAUAAAGUUAUGUUUAAGCAGAAGAAAAUAAAAAGCACUGUCUUUGUCCUUGGGUUCAGGAUCUAUUUGGAGACAACAUAUCUGACAAUACUUAAAUUUAAUGUCUGUGUAUGUUUAUAAAAUUCUAAUCUCAGCACUUGGGAGGCAGAGGCAGGUGGGUCUUUAUGAGUUCAAAUCCAGCCUGGUCUUCAGAGCAAGUUCCAGGACAGCCAAGGCUAUAACAGAGACACUCUUGUCUCAAAAAACAAAUCAACAAAUCGGGAAGUUUCUAGGCACCAGUGAAUGCUUCCUAUCGGUGCUUAGAGGCAGCCAAAGCUAUUGUAUACAAUGAUCCCUAGGAAUAUUUUUUUUGGAGAAGGGGAACUUAAGGAGGCUGUGCUUGAAGAAUAAAAUACAACAGGCCAGAAGGUCAUUAAGGAUGGAUUGGUGGAAGAAAAGCCUAGAGGUGCAGAUAUAGCUUCAGAGAGAACGUAUCUGAUGACCCUGUAUCUGUUUAAAGAGGGGACCCUUAUAAAAUAAUUCAUAAAACGUCAAUGGGGCUGACAGGUUACUAGGAAGGAUUCUUACAGACCAUUGCCUCAUCGGUCACAGGUCACAGAAGAUCACCAGAACCACAAGCAUGUGCAGAUGCUGCUGAACCUGACAACUUUAAUCAUCAAUGUCAUGAAUUUUUGUUUGAAAUCAUCAGUUAUGAUCUUCCUUAUUCUGUCUUUACACCUUUUCUUCUUGCCUCAGACUCUUUGAAUAAGUCCACGGUUUAAUGUGCUAUGUUGGUCUGAGUAGUAAAUCUCCCUGUGACUCUCAAA